AUGAAAAUCAACAGUGUUGUUGUUUUAAAAGGAAGGGCCGAUCUAGAUUUUGUGAUUGGAAUUUCUAACAAUAAAGCGUGUCGUGAACUCGAAUUAAACGAUUCGAAUGAAGUUAAUUUAUUUAGCUUUGAUCCAAAUGUUCAUAAUAAUUUCGAGGUUAUACCAAAAUUCGUCAAGUAUGGAUCUAUAAACGUCUCACAGUCUAAUUCAACCACUUCAACUGAUGCGUUGAUCAAAGUACAAUAUAAUUCAUUAGCAAAUGAUAAAAUUCAAAUCACACAAGAAGCACAUGGAAAUUCUUAUGCUAUAAAAAUUGUACAAGUAAACUCAAUCACUAUGUUUGGUCUUAGUAUACCACCUAGAUGUAUAGUAGCGAAUAUUGACAUCACUCUACCAUUAAUCAUGGGUCCUAAUACUAAUGAAACAACAUUUAAUACGGAUGAUUUUGAUAUAACGUUUGCAGAGAAUGCUAACAAGUAUAACCAAUCACUAACGAUUAAUAAUGACGAUUCUAAGAUUCAAUUUAAUAAUUUAUCCGCGAAAUCAUUAGUUAUUAAUUCUAAUGCUGGUUAUGUAAAUGGAACAAUCACAGGCAUCGAAAAUAAUUUUAGUGUCAUUGCGGAUGAUGCUGAUUUAAAUCUAAGUGUUGGAAUUGCUGAUAAUGCAAAGUCUGCUAUGGUUGAUAUUGUAAAUGAUGUGGGUCGGAUUAAUUUAACUUUUAUCAAUGGAUUCACUGGUAAUUACGAUAUUGUUACUGGAAGAGGUAUAAUUUCAACAAAUUAUCCACAAGAAGUUAAAAUAAGUGACAAUGAACAUAAAGCCAAUGACAUCAACACAUCCAAUAAUAGAUUUACAAACGGCACUUUAUCAAUUAAAAAUGAGGAUGGUGCAGUUAAUGUUACAUUCUAA